AUGUCUGUAAGUACUGCUGAACGAUAUGUUUCCUCCUCUUUAUCUUUGCUAAAAAUCUGGAUGGAUGCAAAUGGCCUUGAUCUGUCUCCCUCAAAAAGUACUGUUGUACUUUUCACCAAAUCCCGUACUCCUUGCUCACUUAAUAUAACAUAUGAUGGGGAUAUAUUACCCAUUAGGAAUCAAGUUAAGUUCUUAGGAGCUAUUCUUGAUUCUAAACUAACGGGUCAACCACACUGCGAAUUUGUGGUUAGUAAAUGUGAGCGAAACUUGAACAUGCUGAGAUGUCUCGGUGGGGUUUGGUGGGGUGCUCACCCGGCUACACUGAGGUUGGUGUAUAAUGCUGUCAUUAGAAGUGUACUGGAUUUUGGGACCUUUUUCUUAGACCCAGGUAAUGUGGCUGGCUUUAGAAAACUAGAUCUCAUACAGUCUAGGGCUUUGAGGAUUGUUUCUGGUGCCAUGAAAUCGAGUCCGGUUAAUGCUCUGCAAAUAGAAUGUUGUGACCCUCCUUUAAACUUAAGACGUCAAUAUCUGUCCGAUAGAUUCAUUUUUAGAAUUGUUCAGUUCCAUAAUCAUCCCCUCAUUUCGAAACUAGAGUUUCUUUCUAAAAAAGUACCCUCUUCACAUAAACCUUUACCUUGUCUGUUAAAAAGUUUCCUGAAAUUCAAACAAUUACAAGCCCCAACUCAUUCUUUUCAGGUGCUUCCUUUAUUUGGCGCUUCUUAUGAUUCUCUCUUACUUUCUCCAGUGAUUUGCUUUUCUCUUGGCAUUGAAAAAUCUGAUUUUAAUGCCAAUGAAAAUUUUAAUUGCAAUGUCAAUAGUAAAUGGCCUAACUGGCAUCAAAUUUAUACAGAUGCAUCUAAACACUCCAGUGGGUGUGUUGGUGUUGGAGUGUAUCACAAACAGUACAACAUAGUUCAGAAAAUUAAAUUACCUCCGGAAUCAUCGGUCUUUACCGGUGAAUGUUUUGGACUAUUAAAAGCUCUUGAAUAUGUGCUGUCUUUCAAACUAAAAAAAACCGUUAUAUUUACUGAUUCCUUAAGUGCAUUACAGAGCUUAGCAAAAUUUUCACUAAAACUUAACCCUUUUUUUCAUGUAAUAUUUGAAUGUAAGAGAAAGCUGUUGCACUGCCAAUCACACAACUAUUUAGUAUCAUUUUGUUGGGUACCUAGUCACUGUGGCAUAUCUGGAAAUGUGAAAGCUGACAGUUUGGCCAACAGUGCUACUGUGACCGGUGACGUAUACCCGUACAAGAAUUUUGGCCAUGAUCUUGCUGCUUUGCCCGGCAUAUGCCUCCACAAAUCGUGGAAUAUGUGUUGGGAAGAGAGCGGCCGGAUUAAGGGUCGUUUCUUGUAUGCUAUACAGUCUUCCGUUCCCAGGAAGCCAUGGUUUGCCAAAUUGUCGUUUGGUAAAACCGCCACUUCUACUAUAAUUCGUAUGCGUCUGGGACAUAACAGCCUUCCAGUUCAUUUGCACAAACUUGGUAUCGUAACUAGUACCGCCUGGAAAGGAAAUAACAAUGGGAUAGUGAUCACUAUUGAAUGUGGAUGACAAAGUAGACCAAGAUAAUAAAGACGCUAAAUUAGAAGUACAAAUAGACAGGUCUAUAGCACUGAUUGCUUCAUCAGGCUUAGUGAGCCGGGUAGGGGAUCCCGUAUUUAAGAUACACAGAUCAUAUGAGUCUAAAAUAUCCAACAAUUCAUGUCCAUAACAAUUAGAAAAGGAACUACCCCAAGAUGUGUGAUGAGAGUUAAAAUCACCCAAAAUCAUGAAAGGAUGAGGAAGAAGUGAAAUUAUAUUUCUAAUUUCACUAAAGACUCUUAAAGAAGGAUGUGGAAUAUAAACGGAAACAUAACAAAUAUUAUUAACAAUAGCAGCAAUGAUAGAAAAAUCAUCACUGUGUGAAGGAAGAGGAAGAGGAGAUAUAAGGUGAGAGUUUCUGACAAGAAGGCACACACCGCCAUACCCAUCAGCCCUGUCAUUCCUUAAACAGGAAUAGCCAGGGAUUUUAAAUGUAUAAUUCGGCUUAAGCCAGGUUUCAGAUAAAGAAAGAAUAAAAGGUUUAAAAGUAUUUACAAUAUGUACAA